AUGGCGAUCAAACGUACGGAUAUUGGUGUCAGCAUGAAGGACCCCUGUAUCGAACUGCUAGAUUUGAUCACCACUGCUGCUGCGCAAGCUUCAGCAGAAGAGGUUUGCCGUCUCCCAGAGACCUUGGCGCGAGUCCAACAGCGGACAGCCGAAUUGCUGGCCCAGGCCGCUGCCAAUGGUGAGUUGGAAAGAGUCUUGGGAGACAUACAGAAGAACGAGGAGGCCGAAACCCGAAAGAGGGUUGCAAAGACUUUGGUGGAGGCCGCUGAUAGUGGGCUCCUGUCCACGAUUCUGUCCGAGGUGAAGGCUAGCUCGCAGGACUUGACAGCCAUUCGGAUGCGGGUCCAGGAGCAACUGGAGAAAGCCGCGGCGGAUGGGCGCCUGGAGAAGGCCUUGCGGUUGGAGGCGCCACGCUGGAAUUUGCAGCCAUCUGUGGGUACAUGGCUGGUGCCACGCACUGCUGAGGCACUUCCAGCACCCAGAGCGGGCAAUUAA